CCACCAUUAAAGUUCAAGAAAAGGAAAGGUUUUUGGGAGAUAGAGAGAUAGUGAUAGAAGAGAUAGAGAUUGAAGAGAGAUAAAAGCAAGAGGAAAGAGAGUUCCUUUACUCUCUUCUUCCUCUCUGCAAAUCUGAUUUUUUUUUUUAUAAGCUAAUAAAAAAUCCCUCUUUCAUUAGGGUUUUAUUUUACUUUUUUUUCUUGAGGAUCUUGAGGGAAGCUUUUAGGUGAGUUUUGUUUUUGUUUUGUUUAUCUCUGAUGUUGAUGUUAUUGAAAUUGGAACUCUUCCACUUAACUUGGAGUUGUUUGUUUUUUUGUUCAUUGAGCUUCUUGUGAGAUCUUGAAAAUUGAGAUCUUUCUGAAUCUUACAAGAUGUCUUGGGUUCGAUUCACAAUUGAGCAAAAAGAUGGUAGCUUUGCGUACCCACCAUCGUUUUACAAAGACCCAAUUCUUUCUCCGCCGUCUCCUCCGCCACCGUCGUCCAGUAACAGAAUCAGUCCGGCGGUUCUCUUUGUAAUUGUGAUUCUAGCUGUCUUGUUCUUUAUCUCUGGACUUCUUCAUUUGCUCGUUAGGUUUCUCAUUAAGCAUCCUUCUGCUACUGCUUCUUCAAGGUCUAAUAGAUUCCCUGAGAUCUCAACUAGUGAUGCUCUUCAGAGACAGCUUCAGCAGCUUUUUCAUUUGAAUGAUUCUGGUCUUGAUCAAGCUUUUAUUGACGCUUUACCUGUUUUUCACUACAAAGAGAUUGUUGGUAGUGGUGGUGGUGGUGGUGGCAAUGGUGCUGCUCAGGAGCCAUUCGAUUGUGCGGUUUGUCUCUGUGAGUUCUCUGAGAAAGAUAAGCUGAGAUUGUUACCAAUGUGUAGCCAUGCUUUUCAUUUGAACUGUAUAGAUACAUGGCUUCAGUCAAAUUCGACUUGUCCUCUUUGCCGUGGGACUCUAUUUUCCCCUGGUUUCUCAAUGGAGAACCCGAUGUUUGAUUUCGAUGAUAUAAGGGAAGACGAAGAGUGUGUGGCCGAGAAUGGAAGCCAGAAAACUAUGGAGAUCCAAGAAAUCGUUGUGGAGAAAGGAGUUUUACCUGUGAGAUUAGGGAAGUUUAAGAGGCUUGACAAUGUUGGUAAUGGUCAAGAUCAGGAUGUUGUUGCUGGAGGAGAGACUAGUAGCAGUAAUUUGGAUGCAAGGAGAUGUUUCUCAAUGGGUUCUUAUCAGUAUAUACUCGGUAAUUCCGAGCUUAAAGUCCCUUUUGCCAACGAUAGACUACCGCGAUUGAAACCUCAGGACAAGGAUUCUGAGCAGACAGGGAAUACAUCAUCGGAAGAGAACAAAAAGAUCAAUAGUGUGGCUAAAGGAGAGAGCUUUUCGGUUUCUAAGAUUUGGUUAUGGCCAAAGAAAGACAAGUUCUCUUCAGAUGCUCAAAGAAGAUUGCCUUCUUCAUCACUUAACGUUGAUGAUCUUCCGAAACUUCCAUGGAUGGAAGAACACAAGAAGCUGGAGAAUGACCAAAGGUAGUAUCGUUUGCUCAAUUUUUUCAAUCAAAAUCAUCGAUACUUUAGGGUUCUUACUGAUCAUAUUUUGGGGGGGAGGAUUCGUAAUCAUAUGUUGUACCAUAUUGUUCAAAAGGGUUUGAUUCUUGAUAAGAAAUUUCAGUUGCAUUAUGCUUGUUAAUCAUAUGAGAUCAAAUUAAAUUAUCGCAUGCUCAACAAUAAUGGAUUCCAAAAAGACUGAUGAGAUGCUUUAGCUUUAA